AAAAUACGUGUAACACUUUCCCAUAUUAUAAAGGAGAUUUGUGAUUUGCAUCUGCCCCGACACCAUUGUGACCCACACAAAAUCCCAGGGAGACUAAAUAGAAAGCAGAAAAAGGGUGAGGUAGAGAUGGAGGACGGAGUAACGGAAAUCAAAGACUUGUUGGUGGUGUCCUCUCAGGACAACCAUAUUCAUCCCAGAGAAUCAGGACAAACAGUUGCUGCUGCCAAUCAAAGUGAAGAAAAAGGGCAACAACAACAUUCAAGCGGUGGAAUGAUAAGUAACUUGAUUUCUGCAGUGUUUGUUUCAAAAGAAGAUAGUAAUAAUAAUGGGGAAGAAGAAGAAGGAGGAGGAGGAAAGGAGGGGCAUGGGCUUAUCAACAAUUUCAUCUCUAAUUUGGUUUCACCUUUGAGUACAAAAGUAGUAGGAGAUGAUGAUGGGAAUAGUAGUAGUAGGAGUAGUUCAGAGGAUCAAGAAAAGAGUGAUAGUAGUGGUGGGAUCUUCAACAAUUUGAUUUCCGGCGUUCUGCAUCCUCAACCUACUGGACCUGAUAAACAACAAGAAGAAACCUCCGGCGGUGGUUUAAUUGACAAUAUUGUCUCUCACUUGCCUACACCUCUUCCUGAUGAUGCUGCUCCAGCCACGGACGAGGCUUCUAUUUUAAUUCAUUCAAUUGUUCAUGACUAGGAGGUAGGAGGUAGGAGAAAAAGAGGGGCUGGUUACUCUAUACAAGGAUAUGGAGGCAUGUGCAGGAUAUGCGGAUAUACGGGUGAUGUGGGAGAUGAUACACUCUUCAUGUCCUCCUUAUGUGGAGAGCCGUAGAAGCAGCAAAAGGAUCAAAUUUUGGAAAUUCUGUUUCCAAGAAACAUGAGAAAUCUGUGUUGAAUUCACAUCGCAGGGGCUUUCAGGCAUUUCUUCAACUGAUUGAGAGCAUAAGUACUACUAUCCUCGGAUGGAAGUGAGAAUUUAUAGUUAGGUAUAGAGAACAGAGUGAUCAUAUUUCCAUACAACUCUUCGUCAAACAGUUCAAGACUCCAGCUUAUAAUAGAAUAUGAAUCAGAUGAAAACACUUUGCAAUCUACAUCACAAGUGUAGGACAAAUUUGUGUCGAAGAAAGUUUGAACUUCAAUUUGCAGCAUGUGUUUCUAAUUUUCUGCUUAGUUACCAUACACCCGAGUGAUUCACUAUUGAUUGAGUGACACCGUCAGUUGUUUGUAGUCAUGCUCUGUAAUUUCCAAUACCCUGAAGGGCUAAAACUAAUACUAAUCAUGACUUUGAAGUCCUGGACUCCCUUCAAACAUCAUUCUACCAAACCUGCAAUUUGAAAGUGA